AUGUCCACGCUCAAGCGCAAAGGCGAGUCCCUGACAAAUGGAGGCGACGGCAAGAAACCCAAGGCCAACGGCUCCAUCGCCUCCUUCUUCAGCGCACCAAAGCCCGCCAGGGGGGCUGCCUCUGCUCCCGCCUCCCCAGCCGUCAAGUUCGACAAGCAAAAAUGGCUGGCUGGCCUGACGGCUGAGCAGAAGCAGCUUCUAAAGCUGGAGAUUGACACGCUACACGACAGCUGGCUGGCGCUUCUCAAGGAUGACAUUACGAGCAAGGAGUUUCUGGAGCUGAAGAAGUUUUUGGAUCGGGAGACGAAUGCUGGGAGGAAGUGGUUCCCCCCAAAGGAGGACGUAUAUUCCUGGUCGAGACACACACCCUUUCACAACGUCAAGGUCGUCAUCGUCGGCCAAGAUCCUUACCACAACGAUAGGCAGGCACACGGCUUGGCCUUCUCCGUGCGACCUCCCACACCUGCACCGCCCUCCCUCAAGAACAUGUAUAUUGCGCUAAAGAAGGACUACCCUACGUUUGUUCCGCCUCCCAAUCGGGGCGGUCUGCUUACACCGUGGGCUGACCGUGGCGUACUGAUGCUGAAUACCUGCUUGACGGUGCGAGCUCACGAGGCGAACUCGCAUUCGAACCGUGGCUGGGAGCGCUUCACACAAAAGAUCAUUGAUCUCGUGGCUCAAAAACGUACCCGGGGAGUCGUGUUCAUGGCAUGGGGCACGCCGGCUGGCAAGAGGGUACAGAAAAUCGACAGGCAGCGACAUUUGAUUCUACAGAGCGUCCACCCGAGUCCACUGAGCGCAUCUAGGGGGUUCUUUGACUGUGGUCACUUCAAGAUGGCGAAUGAGUGGCUUAUCAAGCGGUAUGGCGAUGAGGGCGAAAUCGACUGGGCGUUGACGCCAGGCGUCACGACCAAGGCUGUUGCAGCCACGGUCGCUGGUGCAUCUGUCAACGGGACCAAGUCGGUCAAGGUGGAAGUCAAGGAGGAAAUCAAAUCCGAGGUGAAGGAAAUGAAUGGAUCUACUGCAGUUAAGGUUACCAAGAAAACAGAAGAGGAUGUGGAUUCGGAGGACGAGGCCGCGCUAGAGGAAGCUCUUCGAUUAGCGGAGGAAGAGGUAAAGAAGGCAGAGUAG